AUGUGGGAAGAAACUAAGUGGUGUGAUAGGGGCCUUCUCGGUUCUUAUCAUUCAAGGCUUUUUGCUGAACCACAAAACCGGUGUGAGGCCCAAGAACCUCGAAAUGAUUAUAAGUUGUCAAGAAAAUGGGAGAUGCGUAAAUUAGCUAAUGAUUGCUCUGUGUAUUUUUACAAUCCGACGAUGACAAUUACUGAACUAACAGAAGAUGCUACUAGGUGGAUCAUUAAUGAAGUAGAUAUUUCCGUUAUUUGUGCUGAAUACCGAGCUUCUAUAAUUGAAAAAUGCAAAACAAGGGCAAUAUUAAAUUCUGAUGAAGAACUUGCUUUAAGUCAUGUAUUUCUAUUCCAAGAAGAGAAUUUACAAGGACUUCGUGAAUUCUUCGAUGAUGGGUUAUGGCAGUUUGUGAAGAUCGCAUCCAGACAACAAGACCCUCGACAGCAUCUAACUGAAAUAAAAAGUUAUCUUAGAAGUUACAAGGCUAAUGGAGGAUUUGAAAAAAUAAUGCACGAUAUUCUUUAUCAUCCGGCAGUUAUCAAAAUUUGUUUGUUAAAAAAUAAUAAAAUUGAAGACACACAUUCUCAUAACGAUCUAGACUCUGUGAUUAAACCAUUUUUUCCGGAAGGUAAAAAAACAAUUAUGGAUUGGUAUGUAUACAAAUCUGCUUGGAUUAAAAAACAAUUUGACCAUAUUCUUCUUGGUUCAAAGCCUGAUUUUACAAUAAGAACUACUAACCUAAAAAAAUCUAUUGAAUUGAUGUUCGCUGAAAUAAAACCACCGAAUGCGCGAUCAGAUUUAGUAAAUGAAGAUCUGGUAGCUUUGGGUAAAAUGAUGCGAGCAUCUUUAGAUAAGUCAUUAGACGAUGGGGUUGAUAUUGUUAUCUGUGGGCUUCAUGUUAUCGGUAAAUGCUAUGUUAUUGAUCUUCUUUAUGAUUGGAUCUAUCAUCUGAUAUUGAUCGGAGAAUUUAGAUUUCCAGAGGAUUCAACUUGGAGAAUACUUAUGAACUGUUUUCAAGUGAUUGUUACAAUUCAGGAUCUUGUGAAUAGAGGAGCAACCAAGUACCAAAAUUUGAUUCGAAAAAUACAAAUCAAGUGA